UUAUAAAUUACAGAAGCGACCUCUCUGCCUUCAACGUGAGGAGAACUCAAAAGUUUAUCAAUAAUUCUUAAAGAAUAAGGGCAUACAGUGGCCAUACCUCAUAGAUACCUGUCCAUCAGUAUUCAAGAAUUGUGGAAAUUUAUCAAGAUUUCAACUUGAAAUUUGUUUUCAAUUAGGCCAUCAUGUGACCAUUUGUAUUAAAAAUUGCCACAGGACACCACUUAGGCAAACUAUCUGGUGAUCUAAAAUAACGAACAAGGGUAUAAGGUAUUGAUGAUCCGCUGAGUAAUAACCCAACUCUCAACAAAAUGUGGAGGCUAAGUGAAUCCAUUUUGGGGGAGAAUGAAGAGCAGCAAGAUAAUCUGUUUGGUGACCAAGAAGCCCUCUGCUCUGUGUCCCCUUUACAGAGAGUUUAUGGUUUCGCGGCUUGUCUGCUCGCCGGCUUUAUUUGUAUGUUCCUGUCAAUGAUUGUGUUCAUCAAGCCCAUCAAAUUUGCCUUGUUAUUUACUUUUGGCAACAUGUUGGCCAUUGGAAGCACAGCUUUUCUCAUUGGACCUAUGCAGCAACUUUCAAUGAUGAUGGAUCCAGUUCGUGCCUAUGCCACAUCCAUGUAUGUUGGAUGCGUUGUUUUAGCUCUCAUUUGUGCACUCUGGAUCCACAGUAAGAUUCUGACUCUACUUGCAAUCAUAUGCGAGAUAUGUGCCCUUGUCUGGUACAGUUUAAGUUAUAUUCCUUUUGCCCGUAGAAUGGUUUCAAAUGUCACAAUCCGCCUUUUUGACACUGAAAUCUAGUGGAUUCAAUGCGGAAGCAACAUCACUCCAGUAUAUUUUUGAGUGCUGGACUCUAGUCUACUCAACUUGGAAGAGGUUCUUCCCUGCCGAUUAUUUUUGAAGAGAUUUAUAAUUCUUUUUGGUUUUCAUCUGAUGACAGACGGAACCCCACUUUUCAAUCAGGUGUGAAUGAAUUCGCUUGGACAGUUAAUUUUUAUGCUGACAUAGGUUGUACCCUCUGGUUUCUUUUCAUUUCGGAAAGUUAUGGUUGCUUUCUUCUUUUGCUGCCCUGUUCACCUCAUAGUUGCCCCUUUCCAUGAUUGACAAGUGAUUUCAUCCCUCGCCCUCACACAUCAAAUUUAAAAUCAUUGUUGAAUCAAAUCACACUCUUGAUGUAUAUCUGUUCUACUUAGUUCUGUUGUCUUUCAACUUUGAUAUUAUGUUUUGCAUUAUGAACAAAUAUAUCUAUUCUUUCUGAUAUAUAGUUGCUUAUAUUUAAGGAAA